CUGGGAGCACCGUCACGGCAGUCUGGUCACACGUGUUGUCAUCGCAUGGAAGACUGUUAGUAGUAAAUAUCUGCGUCUAACCGACCUAGUUUACAGAACUCUGAUAGGAAAUGUCUUUCAGGGGAGGUGGUGGACGCGGCGGUGGUGGAAGAGGUGGAGGAUUUAACCGUGGUGGUGGAGGAGGCAGAGGAGGAUUUGGAGGAGGAAGAGGUGGUGGAGGAUUUGGAAGAGGUGGUGGCAGAGGUGGUUACAAUAGACAACAAGACUUCGGUCCUCCAGAACAUGUCGUUGCACUAGGAGAGUUUAUGCAUCCAUGUGAAGAUGACAUUGUGUGUAAGUGUACAACAGAAGAAAACAAAGUUCCCUACUUCAACGCCCCUGUUUACCUGGAAAACAAGGAACAGAUCGGGAAGGUGGAUGAGAUAUUCGGCCAGCUUAGAGACUUUUAUUUUUCAGUCAAACUUUCUGACAAUAUGAAGGCGUCUUCAUUUAAGAAAAUGCAAAAGUUUUAUAUAGAUCCAAUGAAGCUCCUACCACUGCAGAGAUUCCUCCCCAGGCCACCAGGAGAGAAGGGUCCACCUAGAGGAGGCCGAGGCGGAGGAAGAGGUGGUGGUCGUGGAGGUGGUUUCAGGGGAGGUAGAGGUGGUGGCGGGCGUGGAGGAGGAUUUGGAGGUGGUCGUGGUGGAGGAUUUGGAGGUGGCCGUGGUGGAGGAGGCUUCAGAGGAAAAGGAGGAGGUGGACGUGGAUUUAGAGGUGGGAGAUGAUCUGACUACAGUGAUGCUGCUUGAUGAUCUCAGCCCAGUCCUCCGUUCCACAAGCAAAAGGCCCAAAGCUGGGCUGUUGAUCUCAGAAUACAGACUUGCCCUCUUUUUUUGUAGGACUUGAAUGGACUUUAUUUUAUUUUCAUACCAGUUUGAUACUUGUGAUGGAUGUUUAUUUUUAUUUGAAAGGUUCAUAUGUAUGCCUGUGGGUAACAUAGUGAGGACCUUUGCAUCUUGUCAGGGAGGAUAAAUGUUUCUCUUUGGGAACAGGCGUCAUUAUUCUUUGUUGACUGCGUUGAACUGCCAGACUAUGCCAUUUGUUUGUUUCUUUGAUUAAGACUUCUAGAGAUACAUUCACAAAAACACCUGUGUUAAACUUCUUGGUUCUAACUCCGAUUGGAAAUGUCUGUUUCCCCCUUCCAAUACUGUUGUUUGAAACCAUUUUAAAAUCCAUGCUUUGUAAAAAUCUUCUGAAGAAUAUUGUAACUGUUUUGUGUUUGAAGACCUUGAUUAAAAGGUACUUUGUAA